CACCAGCCAAAACAAGUCUGACUGCGAGGAGAAGGUGUGAGCAGACAUGGACCUUUAACAAAGACAUAAUACUAAGUACUUUACUUAGAAGUACUAAAGUUUUUCCUUUGUAAUUUUUUCCGCAAAGGAUACAAAACUCAGGGACCAAAUACCGUGUGUGGAAUUAGUAUUUUGAAGAAGAAAUCAUGAUGUGGAGGAACUACGUUUCUCUGCUUCUCCUCCUCUUUGGGUUGAGCACCAUCUGUGCGCAGAUUGCCUCACCUGAGAAAUAUUGUGAGAACAGCACAACCUGUAACGACUGCUUGAAUAACGCUUCGUGUUUGUGGUGUAUAAAGACUUCAUCAUGUUUGACGUAUCCUGUCAAAACCAUCCUGCCUCCCUACUCCCUCUGCCCACUCAACGAUGCUCGCUGGGGGGCGUGCUCCAUAAACUUCCAGGUCCUGAUCAUUACGAUCUCGGUAGUGGUGGCGAUCCUCAUCAUCGCCUUCUUCGUCUGCCUCUUUUGCUGCUGCAAGUGUGAAAACUGCGGAUCCUCAAACUUUGAGCACAAGAUGCAGCGGCAGGCGGAGAAGAGGAAAACCAAACAGGAAGCGCGGAAAGCCGAGAUGAAAAUCAGACAUGACGAAAUCCGGCAGAAAUAUGGUCUCAGCAAGGUCAGUCCUUAUGCUAGGUUUGAGAAUCCUGCCUGAAGAGAAACAUCAUUACAAGUCUUUCCAAAACUUCAAACUAUGCAAUGAACUGCCUUUUAUAAAAAUUGUAACUUUUUUAUGACUUUUUUCAACCUGACCAUGUCUGAUUUCAGUAGCUGUACACUGAUCUCACUCGUUUUCCAAGCCGCUUG